AUGGGCUUCUCCACACCUGUAUGGCCCUUGGCCCCGCCCCUUGACGUUGAUCCAUCCACAUUCCAAGCCCUCCUCAAAAUUGCCGCGCUCGUCGUUACCGGCCUGUCUGUGCACGUAUCGUUGUCGCCGCCCAAUCCGCCUGCGCCUCCGAAGUUGCGCCUCGCUGCGGCACGGAAGACGUUCUUCGAACGCUGCGUUCGAUGGGUCACAUUCUGCAGUAAGAUGAUGGUCUGGAUAGGCACCCUACUCGACUUCCUGGCCACCACAUCGCUCGCACUCCCCUCUAUCCCCGUCACAUCUUUCGUCACCUCAGUACUCUGCCCGGAGCACUCAUCCUCGUCACAUACACCGCUUCUCGCUGCCUCUCCCCUUCUCAUCGCAGGCGCCCUAGCCACGCUGUUUGGCGCUGUCCUCCGCGUCGCAUGCUUUCGCGCGCUCGGGCCGCUUUUCACCUUCGAACUCGCGAUAACACCGAGUCAUUCGCUCGUCACGACAGGUCCGUACGCGUGGGUGCGGCAUCCGAGCUACGCCGGCAUUUACAUGACCCUGCUCGGCGCGAGUGCGGUCGGGCUUGCACCUGGCGCCUGGCUGCGCGAGUGCGCGCUGCGCCUGGGGACGUGUGCCGUCAUUUUCCCUGCCAUCGCUGCGCCGCCGUGUGUGCACGUGCAUGGGCUGGGCCUCGGGACGGUGCUAGCGUGGUUCGUGCUCGCGUUCUGGUGCGUGAAGGUCGCAUACGCGCUGCAGAGCACAAAUAAGCGUCUCCGGACGGAGGACACGGAGCUGCGCAAGGCGUUCGGCGCGGUGUGGGACGAGUACGCGGAGAGGACGCGGUGGAGGCUGCUGCCCGGUGUGUUCUGA